AUGGAAGUAUCGGAUUUCCUAUCGUUGAUUUGUAACGAUAGCAGUGAUUCUUUAUCAAAGAUUUGGGUUAAUCAAGAUCUGUCACCUUGUUUUCGUAAAUAUCUUCUUGAAUUCGUACUUCAUGUGAUUACUCUCAUUCUGGUAUCCUAUAACAUUGGUCAACGUUUGAAAUGUUCAUAUCGUUUGUGGACAUUUCCUCUUACAUUGAUUCGUCUUGCAUCAAGCUUAGCUUUGAUUAUGACAUGUUCAUUUUAUUUUUAUACCUGUUUUUUUGUUAAUACAACAAAAAUUCAAUGGAUUGAUGCCAUUAAUAUGUUAGUUAGUCUCGUAGCAUAUUUAUUUAUUUGUUAUUUGAAUUUAAACAGUAAUCUUUACCAUAAUAAACGUCCAGUGACUUACAUUAUUUGGAUGAUAAUAUUCUUUCUUGUGCAAAAUUUUGAUAUUUAUCGUCUUGUUAUCAAACAUUUAACAUUAAUUGAAAGUAUUUAUGUUAGUAUCAGACAAUUAUGUUUAUUUUUAAUAUCUUUUGGUCUUUUAUUAAUAUGUUGUCAUAAAUGUGAUCAACAAGUAGCAACAGAAAACCCUGAACCUAAUGAAAAUCGACGUUUGUUGCCAGUUACAGCUAUCAUACAACCAAGAUGUCCUUUCCUUCCAUCAUCACAAGAAGCAACAGAUAUAAUUAAUGAAGAUUUAGCAACUAUAACACAAUUAUUUACAUUUUCUUGGUUUAAUCCAUUGAUGAAACGUGGUUAUAAUUCAUUAAUUAUUGAUUUAAAUGAUCUUUGUUCAUUACCUUCUAUAAUUUUUUCAUCAUGUUCAACACUUCAACAUCAUCGUCAACUUUCUCGUUCGCUUAUAAAAAUUUUUGGUCGAUCUUUUUUUCUACUUGGUAUUCUAAAAAUUCUUGGCGAUGGUCUUGCUUUUGGUGGACCUAUUUUUCUUAAUAAAUUAAUUACUUAUAUGGAAGAAUCAAGAGGAACUGAACAACAAAAUCGCGAUUUACGUCGUGGUCUUUUUCUUUCAUGUAUUCUUAUUGGAACUGUAGCUUUAGCAUCAUUUCUAAAUACACAUUUUACUUAUCGUAUCAAUCUUUUAGGACUUCGUUCUAAAAUGUAUUUAUAUACACGUAUUUACACUAAAACAACACAAUUAAAUAUAUGUGAAAUGAAUAGAUUUAAUAUGGGUGAAAUCGUUAAUUUUAUGUCAACAGAUUCGGAUCGUAUUGUAAAUUUUUUUCAAUCGUUUCAUGCAUUUUGGUCAUUACCAGCUCAAAUAGCUAUUGUUCUUUAUUUAUUAUAUCAACAAAUUGGCUUAACAUUUUUAACUGGUCUUGCUUUUGCAAUAAUACUUAUACCAAUAAAUAAAGUUAUAGCAUCGAAAAUAGCCAAGUUAAGUACAGAUAUGAUGUUAUAUAAAGAUGAACGUGUUAAACUUGUUUCUGAGAUUAUAUAUGGUAUACGUUCAAUAAAAAUGAAUACAUACGAAAAUUAUUUUAUUGAUCGAAUGAAUAAUAUUCGACAAAAAGAAUUACACGCAUUACGUGGAAGAAAAUAUUUAGAUGCUUUUUGUGUUUAUUUUUGGGCAACAACACCAGUUCUCAUAUCUGUCUUAACAUUUACGACAUAUACGCUUUUUGGAAAUCAAUUAACACCCGCAAAGGUAUUUACAAGUUUGGCUUUAUUUGCUUUACUUAUUUCUCCAUUAAAUUCAUUUCCAUGGGUAAUUAAUGGAUUAGUUGAAGCACAUGUUUCAUUAAAACGUGUUCAGCGUUUUAUUAAUAUUGAACCAACUUAUCUUGAAGAAUAUUAUGAAAAUGUACCGAUUGAUCCAUAUGUACCUUUGGAUCAUCCAUCAUUAGACAUUCGCAUUAAUCAAGCAAAUUUUUCGUGGAAUCCUGCAGUCAAUAUAGAAUCUAAUGAUAUAUCAUUAAAAGAUGUUGAUUUGACAAUUGUACGUGGUAGUCUUGUACUUAUUCUUGGUCGAGUUGGAAGUGGAAAAACUACAUUACUCAAUUGUCUUCUUGCUGAAUUAAAGAAACUAAAUGGUUCAGUUAAUGUUCAUCGUGGUAUUGAAAAUGGUUUUGGUUAUGUUAGUCAAGAAUCAUGGAUUCAACAAAUGUCACUUCGAGAUAAUAUUCUUUUCGGUAAAACAUAUAAUGAACAAUGGUAUAGAAAAGUUAUUGAUGCAUGUGCUCUUGAAAAUGAUAUUAAAAGUUUGGGUCCAGCUGGUGAUCAUACAUUGAUCGGUGAAAACGGUGUUACACUUUCCGGUGGUCAAAAAGCUCGUCUUUCAUUAGCUCGAGCUGUCUAUCAAGAUAAAGACAUAUAUUUAUUAGAUGAUCCUUUAUCUGCUGUUGAUGUUCAUGUUGCUCGUCAUUUAUUUUCUCAUUGUAUUCGUGGUAUUCUUAAAUACAAAACACGUUUAUUAUGUACUCAUCAAAUCCAAUUUAUGGAAAAAGCUGAUUAUAUUAUUUUAAUAGAUAAUGGACGAAUUAUUCGAACAGGAAAACCAAAUGAAGUUCUUUCAUCAGCGGAAAAUUUACUUUUAUCAAGUAAUCAAUCAUCACAAACGAGCCUUGCAACAACGCAUAAAUCAUUAGUAGAUAUUGAAGAACAAGUUAUACAAACAGAAACUGCUCUACAAAACGAAGCAGAACAAAGAUGUACUGGAACGGUCAAAUUUACUAUUUGGAAACGAUAUUUUAUUGCUGUUGGUAUUUGUCUUUCAUUUUCAGUUGUAUUUUCAGUUUUUCUUAUGCAAGCUUCUCGAAAUGUGUUUGAUUGGUGGCUAUCAUAUUGGACAAGUCAUCAAUUAUCUGUGAUUAAUAUGACAAAUAUUACUGGUCGAACAUCGUUUAAAUUUCUCAAUCCUAGUGUUGUGACCAUUCUCGAUGCUCGACCAAUAUUUGGUUUUGCAACACAAUCAGCUGAUCAAGAUUUUAAAAGUUUUUUUACUAUUUAUGUUGGUUUGGCUAUUGCAAAUUCUUUCUUUACACUAAUUCGUGCCUUUACAUUUGCUUAUGGUGGUAUUGAAGCAGCUAGAAAAUUACAUAAAUCAUUACUUAAUAGUCUUUUACAAUGUUCAAUAUCAUUUUUUGAUACAACACCGAGUGGAAGAAUAUUAAAUCGAUUUUCAAGUGAUACAUGGAGUGUUGAUGAUUCAUUACCAUUUAUUAUGAAUAUACUUUUAGCUAAUAUAUUCUCAUUAUUAGGUACACUUGUAUUAUGUUGUUAUGGUUUACCUAAAUUUCUAAUUGUUCUUGUUCCAUUGGCAAUAUUUUAUUAUUUCAUUCAGAAUUAUUAUCGUUGGACAUCACGUGAAAUAAAGCGUAUAUCAUCGGUGACUUUAUCACCUGUUUAUGCACAUUUUGGCGAAACUAUAUCUGGUUUAUCAACAAUUCGUGCAUUUCGUCAUGUAACACGAUUUGUUGAACAUAAUUUUUUCUUAGUAUCAAAUAGUAUUCGUGCACAAUUUUCAUCUCUUGUUGCUGGUUCAUGGCUUGGUUUUCGUCUUCAACUAAUUGGUAUUGUCAUGGUUGCUGGCAUAUCAUUAAUUGGUGUUAUUGAACAUGUUUAUACUAUACAUGGAUCAAAUCCAGCAUUAGUUGGACUUUCUUUAUCAUAUAUUUUAUCAGUUACUGGUCUUCUUAAUGGAUUAAUUUCAAGUUUUACAGAAACUGAAAAAGAGAUGGUUGGUGUUGAACGUGUUACUGCAUAUAUUGAUGAGUUACCAAAAGAAGACGAAAAUGAAGAACAAUUUGUCAUUUUAAAUGAAGAUCGAGAACAAAAAGGAGCGAUGAUUGAAUAUCGACAUGUUACGAUGAAAUAUAAUGUUGAGCAAAAACCAGCACUUGAUAAUAUAACAUUUCAAAUCAAAUCUAAUGAAAAAAUUGGAAUUGUUGGACGAACAGGUUCGGGUAAAAGUAGUUUAUUGGCAACUUUAUUUCGUACAGUGAAUUUAUCUGAAGGACAAAUUUUAAUUGAUAAUGUAGAUACGACAACUAUUCAACGUCGAAUACUUCGACAAAGUUUAGCAAUCAUUCCACAAGAUCCAUUUUUAUUCAGUGGAACUAUUCGAGAAAAUCUUGAUCCAUAUCAACGUCAUACAGAUGAAGAAAUUCAUAUGGCAUUAGAAAAAUGUCAUCUUCGUGAUUUAGUAGAAAAUUUAGGAAAUGGUCUUGAUUCAAUAAUUGUUGAACGUGGUCGCAAUUUCUCUGUUGGUCAAAAACAACUUUUUUGUCUUGCUCGAGCACUCCUUCGUAAAGCUAAAAUUUUAUGUUUGGACGAAGCAACAGCUAAUAUUGAUAUGGAAACUGAUCGUCUUAUUCAAGCAUCAAUUCGUGAUACUUGUUCAGAUGUAACUGUGAUAACAAUUGCUCAUCGUGUUCAAACAAUUGUUGACUCUGAUCGAGUUCUUGUGAUGGAUAAUGGUCGAAUAAUUGAAUUUGAUACACCUAGCAAUCUACUUGAAAAUCCACAAUCAACAUUCGCUCAACUUGUUCGUCAAGCAAAAGUUCAAAUUCCAUCAUAA